AUGGAAGUGACGCCAAUCACUUUGCACGGAGCCAAUAACGAAGCAUCUCACGACUUGCCACCUCAUGACUCUCCUGAACUGAAAAAUUCCGCACAAGUAGAUGUUGACCUGACAGUUGAAGAAAAGGAGGCUGAAGUGUCAAAAUCGACAAAGGUCGAGAUCGAGGACGCAACGCCUGGCAAUGGCAGCGAAGUCACCAAGGACGAAGAAGAUGAUUACCAGCCUUUUGUACCUUCAGAAGCCUCGCAGGGUGAGGAAUCCACCUCUGCUGAGGCUUCUCAGCACCGUUCCGAAUUGGCGGACCCAGCAGACACCCAGGACACCCAGGACACUCAGGAUAGUCACGAAGCUGCGGACAUCUCAGAACUUGCCAGUUCAAGUAAGGAGCAGUUAGCCCAAGAAACCAGUGCCCAAAACGACGAAUCGAACUCUGGCGAUGAAGACGAGUAUGAUCCAGAGACAGCCCGUGAAGAAGGCGAAAACAACUUGCCUACUCUCCCUCCUCCUCCUCCUCCUCAUCCACAAGAAGAUGCAUUCAGCGACUCCCAUGCAGCAAGACUGCCUUCAAUCUCCGUAAAGAGCAUCGGUCUCCCUCCCAAACCUCCCACCCUGCAGCCCCAAGACAGUGCUACUAAGUUUAAAGAAGCCUAUGAAGCGAUCAUGCAAAGCGACAUUGUGAAAGAUCCUCUGUUUACCAGCAUGUCCCAGCAAGAGCAGAUGGACACUAUCCAGCGACUCCUCCAAGAAAGAAACAUUAGCUUGCCCCUGCAGAGCAGCCCAUCCAUAGACCCAGACAUGAACUUCGACCAAGUGUACUCUUACAACAAGCCUUUCAAGAACAUUAAGGAUCCUAUCCCUUUGGUUCCUGUGGGAAAAUACUGCCGCCGUCCUAACAUAACUCGUCCGAUGAACCCUGCCGAACGGGCAGCUUAUGAGGACUUUCUUGCCACUGAAGCUCGUCACUCUGGCUGGGGACAACUCGACGAUUUGCCUGAAAACCUGAGACUUUUCGUUGGUAAUCUUCCCGCAAACACAAUCACCAAAGAAGACCUUUUCAGAAUCUUCAGCCAGUACGGUGAAGUGUUGCAGAUCUCUAUCAAGGCUGGUUAUGGCUUCAUCCAAUAUCGUACCGCAGAAGCCUGUGCCGAAAGUAUCAAAGGUGAAACCAACGUGCCUCUCCACAACAAGUAUAUGCGUUUAGCAGCCUCUAAAUCUCAGAAGAAUAGGGCGACGGGUUCUCGCGGGAGAGAAAGAAGUGGAGACGAAUACUCCGGUGAACACGACUCUAAGAGACGCAGGACCAAUGACGUUCAGCUUCUCAGAAAUGAGGAAACUUCCCAAAUUUACUUUAGUGAGGUGGAGGAUGCGCUCAGAAGAGGCAAUGUCUCAUAUACAACCAUCAAUACCACUAUCCAGAGUGUUUCCGACGAGGUUCGCGAAGCUGCAUACCUGGGGGUCAUUGGAGCGUGCGUUGUGAAAGAUUCAAAGAUUGACUUGCAAACGUUCGAAGAGACUCCGGAUGGAGGCAUAAAGUUCGACGAGUACGUGAACGUGGAUAUCGCUACCGUGUUGGAAGUCGUUAACAAGGUGAAGGCUUCCAAACCUCUGGCACCGCCUUCUAGGAAAUUCAAUUCCUAUGACGAUAGACGUAGUCUGAACAGAAGAGGUGACAGUUAUCAGGGUUCAGCAUACUCCUCUCGCGGUGAUAGGAGCUAUGGUGAUAGCAGAGGCUUUGGAAGAAACCAAACUUGGCAACGAGGAGACCGCGAAUGGUCGCAACCCUCAAGACCUCCCAGAGGUCAAUGGUCCAGAAAUGAUGGUCAAGGUUACAAUGAGCCACCAUAUCAUCGUCAGAACCAUGGUAACCAGUAUGGUGGUCCACUGAACUAUAAUCAGGACUACGGAAGAGGUUACAACCAAGGUUACAAUGGAGGUUAUGAUCUGCAAAUGCCUCCAGGACCUCCAGGACCUCCAGGACCCCCAGGACCUUCGGGACCCCAACAAGGAUACCCACCCAAUCUGGGAUUCCCUCAACAAGGAUACCAAGGCUACAACAAUGGCCCAUCUCCACCACAAAACUUUUCACAACCGGGGUUCAAUUUGCCCCAACAGAAGGCCGAUCCAGCUCUUCUCCAGACACUUCAAAACCUAGACCCCGGUACUAUGCAAAACGUGAUUUCUUUGCUUCAACAAAAUAAGGGUCCAAGCCCUCAGAUGUCUCAAGCUCAGCCUAAUUUUUCAGGAUAUGGACAGAACCCACCACCACCACCGCCUUCACAGAACGUUGCGCAGCCAAUUAACUCUUUACUCUCUUCCCUCCAAUCGAAUCAGAACAACUACAAUGGUAACCAACAACAACCGGGCCAGAACCCAUCCAGUGCAUUGAUGGAUAUGUUGGCAAGAUUAGGGAAGUAA